AUGAAAAUGCAUCCGACUGUGAAUUCGGAUGAAUCCGUAACAGCAGAUCGAUCCGCACAUAUCGUUCGGUACACUGAUCAUCCAUCACGAAAUCCUAAGGAACAAAUACCUAGCACGAAAAAUGCACAAACGGAAUACAAAGUGCAUUUAUUGCAAAAUGCUGCCCAUUCCUCAACAUAUAAUUCUAACACGACACCGUCAGAUCGUCACAAUGCAUAUCGCGAACGGCGUGUCAACGACAUAGUGGAAAAUCAAUUGGACGUCCCGAAAAAUGCCGAGCAGUCAGAGCAAGAGCAUAAAAGUGUCGACACGCGUGAUAUUGAUUUGCUACAUAGAUAUCGAUUAAAGACAUGCAAGUUGCGUUUAUGGUGCGAGAGAUUGUGCCGUAAAAAGAAAGAAUAUUCCGAACGCGUUCGGAAAGAACGGACGAGAUGGUUUCUGAAACUGAAAGAGCGAAGCAGAGAGCGCGAGCAACCAGACGACGUCGUAGCGGUCGCCGGUGUAUCAGGCACUCCGCGAGAACCAAUAAGCCGCGGGACUGCCCCGAGGAAAUCCAAGAAAGGUCGUAAACAGGACGAAGCGGUGGAAAUUGCUGAUAAGGACGUCUUUGAGAAAAUCAGAGAGGAAAUAAGAAGAAAGGAAAGGAAGGAGCGGAAAAAGAGAGAGAGACGUAAACUGGAAGAGCAAAUGCGGGACUUUAUCGUGGACACGCACUUGGUGACGCCCGACGACCGCCCAGAAGUCCCCGAGGAUCACGUCCCCGGGAAACCGCCUUCCCCAUUCAUCGACUUCACCAAGACCUGCUGUUACUUGUGCGCCCAGAACACCCUGGCGAUCGCGGCCGCGAGCGCCAAACCGGAGCAGUCUGACAAGUGCGUCCAAGUUUCGGCCCAUAAAUUUCAUGCGGAGACACCCCCGACGCUCGAUAAGAGCUGCAGCCCGACGCUGCUGGUGGUGCGCACUGUGCAGUUGUCCGCCAAAGUGAGGACGCGCGAGACCAGCACGCUCUGUCCCGGUAGGAGUCUGCCGCGGCACGGAGAAACGGAGCCGAGGUCAAAAAAACCUAAGAAUAAGUUCAACGUAUUCUCGGGCUUGACGCGGACCAAGUGCCCAGCGGGACGGCACGCUGCCUGCGAGAUUGAUAAACCCGCGGCCGCUGAACGCGAGCCGAGAAAUGAGAAAUGUUGCAGGGAGAAGAACGCUUGA